AUGUCUCUCUUUGGGUCUCUUCGGGACAAGGUGUCCAGGAAGAGCCGCUCGCGCUCAGUCAGCCCGAGCCCGUCGUUCUCAGCAACCGGCCCGGAAAUCAAGCCGAGCACCGUCAAUGAACCUCCCCCACCGCCCUACACACCUGUCGCGAGUUCCUCGAGUGCAGUGGCACCCCCAAUUAUCACGGUAAACGCAGCACGCGAGGCUUCUCCCGCCCGCUCGUUUGCCUCAGCCAGCUCAGAUCGAAGCGUCACCUCGGCCGAGGACCCCUACGCUUUCCUAUCGACGUUUGACACCAUCUUCCUCAUCGACGACAGCAGCUCCAUACAGGGCUCCCGAUGGGCAGAAGUCCAAGCCCUUCUCUCUUCCAUCUCCCCGAUCUGUACCGCACACGACAGCAAUGGAAUCGACAUCUACUUCCUGAACGCGAAGAAUACCCAUUUGCAUCGCUACAGUCAUAACGAGCACGGCGCUAAAGGCUACUGCAACAUCACCACGCCCAGCCAAGUUACAGAGAUUUUCAGCGAAGUACAGCCUCGCGGUGCCACGCCGAUUGGCAAGCGUCUGUCCGAUAUUCUAUGGCCGUACGUCCGCGAGUUUGAGCGCAGUGCGGCGCUCCCCGGUAAUACCCCAGAAGACAGCGGUGUCAAGCCCGUCAACAUGAUCGUCAUCACAGACGGCACGCCUACCGAUGAUCCGGAAUCGAUUAUCAUCUCUGUGGCGAAGAAACUGGACGCGCUAGAAGCGCCACCGCACCAGCUAGGGAUUCAGUUCUUCCAGGUUGGCAAUGACCCGCGCGCGGCGGAAUACCUGCGGGAUUUGGACGACGGGUUGGCUGAGCAGGCCAAUGUGCGAGAUAUGGUGGAUACUGCCACAUGGGAGAGCUCAGGCCGGCGGGCACUGUCAGCGGAAGCCAUUCUCAAGGUCGUUCUCGGUGCAGUGGUCAAGAGGCUGGAUCGCCGGGCUGUGGAUGGGUCGAGGCGGGGCGGGCGUUUGGCGGCAUAA